AUAAGCUGAUCGCCCGUGCUGCACGGCAGACGUCGCCAUCUGCCUGUGCCGGGCCGAGACUCGCUAUCGACAACACAUCGAACAAUCCCGCGCGCACACACUCGCACUCAGCGCUCACUCAUCACUGAGCCAUUACUCAGCUCACCAACUCCAGAUCUCAAUGGCGCACUCGCGCCGCCACCACCUUCUCCUCCCCACGGCCAUGGCCACGGCGUGCUUCCUCCUCGCGCUCUGCGCCGCGCCGGCGCCGGCCCACGGCGCGCGCGUCCUGACGCCGGGCGGCGCUGGCGCGGGCGCGGUCACCAAGGCGCAGCAGCAGCAGGGCGGCACCAGCAACGCGACGGCGGCGGGCGAGUACCUGGCGCCGCACAACCAGGCGCGCGCGGCGGUGGGCGUGGCCCCGCUGCGGUGGAGCGCGGACCUGGCGUCGGCGGCCGCGAAGACGGUGGCGCAGCAGCAGCGGCAGGGCGGGUGCGCGUUCGCGGACAUGGGGGCCAGCCCCUACGGCGCCAACCAGGGGUGGGCGAGCUACCGCGCGCGCCCCGCCGAGGUGGUGGCGCUGUGGGUGGCGGAGGGGCGGUACUACACCCACGCCAACAACACGUGCGCCGCGGGGCGGCAGUGCGGCACGUACACGCAGGUGGUGUGGCGCCGCACCACCGACGUCGGGUGCGCGCAGGCAAGCUGCGCCACGGGCGCCACGCUCACGCUCUGCCUGUACAACCCGCACGGCAACGUGCAGGGCCAGAGCCCCUACUAGCUAGCUACCUUAGCGGCGGCCGAUCGAUCAGAUCAUCAGGUCGGAGCCCUCACUGCCGGCGACGGCAGCGGAGUACUACGUAGGUGCAGUCUUCUCUGGUUCGGUGACUUCGGUCAUGGAUGCUUUGCUUUGUGUUGUGGUGUACUAAUCCGGUGUUGUACUGGUGUUCUUGGUGUUCAGAACUGCUUUGGUUUGGUGUAUCGCCUUGUGUUGCCGGGUGAAAGCGCCUGUGAGCUGUGAUGUGAUGCUUAUCAUCCUUGUGGA